AGCGUGUCCAAUCGAUCACCACCGUGCGACGAACUUAGCGGCAUUAACUGUUUACAGGGUAUUUGAAUUCGGACAGUUCGCUCGAUGUUGACGCUAGCGCACGCAUAGUCAACAUGUUUCAUACGAUCGUCGGUUGCAUGCUUCUACUUGGGUUGGUUGAUAGUCUCGUUCCUAAACCGAAAGAACAAACAAUUGGGACUGGAUUGCUUAGCUUAAACGAUCAACUCACUUUGGAACACGAUCUGCCAAAGUGCUUUAUCUUACAGGAUGCUUUUCGGGAGUUUUUGAGGCGGUUGCGCUUGCGGCCCCUACCAACGAACCGGAGUGAUCCGGUUACAGGCAACGUUCAGGUUGUCAGAACCCGUCUUGCUUCCCAAUGUGACGAAUUGAAGGUGUUGCAGUGGCCUUCCCCUAAGAUGAAAGAGCAGUACACAAUCGUCGUGGAUCAGGACCAAAUUGAAAUCGAAGCGGAAGAGGUCUGGGGUGUAUUGCAUGCCCUACAAACCAUUGGUCAACUAGUGCGUAAAACACCUACUGGGAUGUAUGUCAUCAAAGCGCAGAGGGUAGUUGACAGACCACGCUUUAUACAUCGUGGCUUUUUGAUCGAUACCUCAAGACACUACCUACCAGUCGAAAUGAUUUUACAAUUUCUGGAGGCCAUGUCGAUGGUGAAAAUGAAUGUUCUACACUGGCAUAUUGUGGACACCGAAUCAUUUCCUUACAUGUCGUACACCUACCCGACAUUGUCUGCGAAAGGAGCAUUUGACCCCAAUGUAUUUGUGUACACAAACAGCGAUGUAAGGAGGAUCACUGAACACGCCAGACGAAAUGGAAUCAGGGUGGUUGCCGAGUUUGAUACACCAGGUCAUUCCGACUCUUGGGGCAGAGGCCACCCAGAAAUCAUGACACAGUGUUUCGACGGAGGAAAGCCAGACGGCAGCUAUGGCCCAAUCAACCCAACCACACCUCAUACAUAUGAGUUUCUGCUCAGUUUUCUCAAAGAAAUCGUGCAGGUGUUCCCUGACGAGCUGGUGCAUCUGGGUGGUGACGAAGUGGAUUUCAGCUGCUGGAAGUCUAACCCAGAAGUACGGAGAUUCAUGGAACAAAUGGGCUUCUCCGGCAACUACUCACUGCUGCAGUCCUACUACAUGGAACAGCUAAUUCGUCUACUUUCUCUGACAAGGCCAACAGAUAGCGCCACCACUCCAGUAGUCUGGCAGGAAGUGUUUGAUCACGGAUUUCGGAGUAACAACAAAACUAUCAUCCAUGUUUGGAAGAAGGAGAAUUGGACGAGUGAGAUGCAGAACAUUACCGAGGCCGGAUUCCGCGUUCUCUUUUCUAGCUGCUGGUACCUGAACAUUAUCUCCUACGGGGUGGACUGGGGCCCUUACUACGAAUGCGACCCAACUGAUUUCAAAGGUACAUCAGAACAGCACGCCCGCGUUUUGGGUGGUGAGGCGGCUAUGUGGGGAGAACACGUAGAUGAGACCAAUUUCUUCAGUCGGUCUUGGCCUCGUGGUGCCGUCGUAGCAGAGAGGUUAUGGUCGGUUGGAAACCUUUCGCGCUCUGAAUUCGAACCAAGACUUAAUGAAGUAAGAUGCCAAAUGCUUCGACUUGGUUGGAAUGCGGAACCCGUCAAUGGACCCGGAUUUUGCCCUGUUUGAUAAUCCCUUUCGGGUUUUUUUCAGCCCACAGCACUUUCGAACAUUGUAUCAUUGAUAUACUACUCAAGGCCUCAUUAUCCACACAUAACACUACAAUACAUAAAUAUUAAAUGAA